AUCUGGAGCUCAGAGAGGGCUUUGGUGACCUCUCUCUAUUGCUCUUCUGCUUUUUCCCAUUUCCCUCAUAUCUUGGCCUAAACUUUCUCCAGUAGUUUUUCUUUUUAUCUUUUUUACAUAAAAACAAUGAGUAGGCAGUUUAGUUCACGGUCUGGUGGUGGGCUCAGGAUUUCCCAUGGCUACACAUCUUCUGCUCUUGCCCUCCCUGGGAGGUCAAAAAGCAGCUUCAGUUCAAUCUCUUUAUCCCAAGGUGGGAGAGGGAAUCUAGGUGUAGGUCUUGGGGAUGGAUUUGGUAGCAGAAGCCUCUACAGCCUAGGGGGUAAUAAGAGAACCUCCCUCUCUGUUGGUGGUUCAGGAGGAGGCUUUCUGGUUGGUGGCUUUGGUAGUGGUGGUGGUGGAGGUGGUGGCUAUGGUGGAAAUGGUGGCUAUAGUGGAGGUGGUUUUGGCAGUGGAGGGUUUGGAGUUGGGGGAUAUGGAAGUGGAGGAUAUGGGCCUGGGGGUUAUGGUCUUGCAUUAGGAGGAGGUGGACUUGGAGGUGGUGGUGGAAGAAUGGCUCCUGUUGUUCCUCCUGGAGGCAUCCAGCCAGUCUCUGUCAAUCCCAGCCUUCUGGCCCCACUCAACUUAGAGAUUGACCCAGAGAUCCAAAAAGUACGUGUGAAGGAGAGAGAGCAAAUCAAGACCCUCAACAACAGGUUUGCUUCAUUCAUUGACAAGGUGCGGUUUCUGGAACAGCAGAAUAAGGUUCUGGAGACCAAAUGGAACCUUCUACAGCAACAAGGCAGCACAGCCACAACAAUCAAUACUGACCCAUUGUUUGAGGCUUACAUCAGUAACCUCAAGCGUCAGCUGGAUGGUCUGGUAGGAGAUCGAGGGAGACUUGAUGGAGAACUAAGAAACACACAAGAUCUUGUUGAAGAUUAUAGAAAGAGGUAUGAAGAUGAAAUCAACAAACGCACUGCUGCUGAAAAUGAAUUUGUUGACAUCAAAAAGAAUGUUGAUGGUGGCUUCAUGCACAAGGUAGAGCUGAGUUCAAAGGCUGAUGAUCUGACAGAUCAUAUAAACUUCAUGAAAGCUCUCUAUGAAGCAGAACUGUCUCAGAUGCAAGGGCGGAUCAGUGACACCAAUGUUGUUUUACAAAUGGACAACAAUAGAGAUCUAGACCUCAACAGCAUCAUUUCUGAAGUGAAAGCACAAUAUGAAGACAUUACUAACCGAAGUCGAGUUGAAGCAGAGACUUGGUACCAAAGGAAGUUCCAGGAACUUCAGAGUACAGCGAUCAAUCAUGGAGAUGAUUUAAAAAAUACUAAGAAUGAAAUUGCAGAGCUCAGUCGGCUCAUCCAGAGAAUGAAAGCAGAAAUUGACAGUGUGAAAAAGCAGAUUGCUGGUCUCCAGACAGCUAUUGCUGAUGCUGAACAACGCGGGGAGUUGGCCCUGAAAGAUGCCAGAGUAAAACUGGCAGAUUUGCAACAUGCCCUACAAAGCGCCAAAGAUGAGCUGGCACGUCUGUUGCGGGAUUAUCAGGAACUGAUGAAUGUCAAAUUGGCCCUGGAUGUUGAGAUUGCUACAUAUAGGACUCUGCUGGAAGGAGAGGAGUGCAGGAUGUCUGGAGAACUCACCACCCCUGUCAGUAUGUCGGUGAUCAGCAGCUCUUCUAGCAUUGGUGGAAGCAGUUACGGCAUCGGAGGAGGUCUUGGAGGUGGUGAUGGAGGUCGAGUGAGCAGUGGAGGAUUUGGCCUGGGCGCUGGUGGUGGUGGUGGAGGAGGUGGUGGAGGUCUUGGUCUUGGUUUUGGAAUGGGUGGUGGAGGUGGUGGAGGCUAUGGUGUGAGUAAUGGGAUUGUUACUGGAGGAAGCAGAUACAGUUCUGGAAGUGCCCGGGGCUUUGGUGGGGGGUUGAUUGCUGGAGGAGGAGGAGGGGGAGGUGGGAGCUCCUCAAGCACAAAAUAUGUCUCAACAGCGUCAUCAUCAAGCAAGAAAAUAGUUAGAUAAAAAGCAAAUGUCCACACACAUCUAUCCACAAUCAGACAAUUAUGGUAAAAUUUCUAUUUCUAAUUGCCAAAGCUCCAAUAUAGUAGUCCUUUCUUUACACCUGAUCACAUGAGAGGCAUGUUGGCUGCUGAUGAGAAAUCCCUGUACAUCUGUCUUGACCCACCCGAGGCUCUCCAGUUCUGUUGGCUACAAUUUCUGUUGUCUCCACUUUGCAUCGCUGCUGAGGUGAUGAAAAUUUUCACCACAUUUAGAGGACAUUAAUUAGAGGAAGGUCAGCUCAGUCUUGGUCUGUCUGAUGGAGAAAAAAUCAUGCUGGACUCCCACAUUAGAUUGAUUGAGAACAAUUGCAUAAAUGUUUCUCCCUCAUGACCCUUUUAAUCACUGAUGCCAUAGUAUUUCUAUUAUGAGGUCUAGCUAUUCUAAUUUGUGGUAUAGCCCAGAACUCCUUAUUCAAAGUAGAUUGAUUGUUCUCUUGAUGUGGAAGUCACCACCUAUCAGUCCUUUUUUUUUUUGUAAAGGAAUAAAAAAAAUCCAACCAAUUCAACCUUUAAUGUUUUUUAAUUGUCCACUACUACCUGUUGUACAUACAAUUACAAUGAUUAUCCCUUUGCUUGCUACUUGUUCUGAAUUUCUUCACACUUUUUAUGGCAAAUAAACUGCAUUGUGAUAUUA